GCCGGGCCGUGCCGCCGCGCCAUGCCGCUGGAGCAGCGCCGCCUGCGCGGCCCCGACGAGUCGCAGGCGCCCGAGGUGUGGGCAGCGGCCGCGGGGGAGCGGGAGGAGGAGGAGGAGGGGGCUGCGGGGGGCAUCCCGCGGGACCCCUGCGCCCUGCGGCCGCUGUUCGCGCGGGCCGGGCUGCUGAGCCAGGCCGAGGGCUCGGCCUACGUGGAGCUGAGCGGCGGCACCAAGGUGCUGUGCGCGGCCUGGGGCCCGCGGGAGGCGGCCGAGCCCGGCGGGGCCGCGGCGGCCGGGGGGCGGCUGCUGUGCGAGUUCCGGCGGGCGCCGUUCGCGGGGCGCGGGCGGCGGCCGCGGCCGGGCUCGGCGGCGGAGCGGGAGGCGGAGCGGGAGGCGGCGGCGGCGCUGCGGGAGGCGCUGGAGCCGGCCGUGCGGCUGGGCCGCUACCCGCGGGCGCGCCUGGCCGUCAGCGCGCUGCUGCUGCAGGACGGCGGCUCGGCGCUGGCCGCCGCCAUCAGCGCCGCGGGGCUCGCCCUGGCCGACGCCGGCGUGGAGAUGUACGACCUGGCGGUGGGCUGCGCGCUGGCGCGGGGCCCCGGGCCCGCCGAGCCCUGGCUGCUGCAGCCGGCCGAGCCCGAGGAGCGCCGCGCGGCCGCCCGCCUCACCGUGGCCCUCCUGCCGGCGCUCAACCAGGUGUCGGCCGUGCUGGGCGGCGGCCGGGGCGGCUCCCCGGACGCCUGGGCUCGGGCGCUGCGCCUCGGCCUGGACGGCUGCCACCGGCUGUACCCGCUGCUGCGGCAGAGCCUGCUGCGGGCCGCCCGCCGCCGCCACGCCGCCGCCGCCACCGCCACCGCCUGAGCGCCCGCGGGGGGCGCCUGCGGGGACCGCCCUUCUCCGGCGGGGGGCGGCCCCGAGCCUGCCCAAACAGCGCUUCUCCGGCUGGGGGCGGCCCCGAGCCUGCCCAAACAGCGCUUCUCCGGCUGGGGGCGGCCCCGAGCCUGCCCAAACAGCGCCCGGCGCCGGCCUCAAACGGCUUCGCGCUGCCCGGGAGCCCAAGGAGCUGCACACGUGGCUGGAGGAAUCGAGGCCGGCUCAAGGACAUCCCCAGCCACCCUGGAGCAGCCCAGAACCUGCCUGAGGAGCCCCCGUGCUGCAGGACACCCUUCCCAAGUGAUCCAAACAACCCCCCGGCAUCAGCCUGAAACGGCCCUCAUGCUGCUGGGGAGCCCAAGGAGCUGCACACAUAGCUGGAGGAACCAAGAGGCCGGCUCAAGGACAUCCCCAGCCACCCUGGAGCCUGCCUGAGGAGCCCCCAUGCUGCAGGACACCCUUCCCGAGUGACCCAAACAGCCUCCUGUGCAGCCCAAGCCCCUGAGGAACAGGCUCCAUGCUGCAGGACUCUGCCCAACACCACUGUGCAAGCAGCCCCCUGCGCUGUGGGGACCCCACACCGUACCCAGGGUGGUCCCAGCCCCAGGGUUGAGACCUCAGGCUGAGCUGCCCACCACAGGAACCAUGGCGUGGCACAGACUGCACAUCCCUUGGACCUCGUGCCCAGGCAGGGCUGCAGUGACAGAUGUGGCUUGUUGUUGUGGGGUUUUUAAUAAUAAAUGGAGUUUUUCUGCC